AUGUCUCAAGAUCCUUUCCCCAAUGAACCAAAACUCAAUACUGCUAAUGAAGUUGACUAGUAUAUCAAGACUCUUUAGCAAUAUCAGGACUCUUGUGAGAAAUCUUCAGAAUAUAUGCAGGCUGAUGCUGCUCAGAAGAGAAUUGUAGAGUUGAAGAAACAGUUGAAAUGCAAUAAGCACACAGCCAAUAGGAACAAGAAAUUGAAAGGGCUCAUCUCGACGAUUUUAAUUAAUUCAACCAAUUCUGGGAUUAGAAGAUCUGUAGAAUAGGAAUUAUUAAACAAAUAAUAAAAUGAAUAUAAUAAAGUCUCGGAGGAAUUAGAAAGCACAAUCUCUUAAAAGCCUAAAGAAUCUUCUGACAGAAGAAUAUUUGGCCAAAUAAAAGAAGUAUCCAUUUCUAUAAUUUUUUGUUACGUUGAUGCUCAGAAAAUCAAAGAACAGAGACUCCUAAUUGAGGAUGCUGAUUACUAGAAAUACUAAAUUGAAAGGACCAAUAAAAUUAAUACCCAGUUGAAACAAUUGAAAAUGAGACAUAAAAAUGAAGUCAACAAUCUUCAAUAAAGAAUCAAAGCAGGAUAGGAUGAAUAAAAAAAAAAUCGUAGCCUCGAACUCGAAAAAUUGCUCUAAAAAUAUCAAAACAUCAAAAAAGAAUUGGAAAUCAAAUAGAAGAUGGACAAAUUGGCUUUUGAAGGAUAAUUCACCAAUAAAGGCAGUUCCAAUUAAAGUGUUUACAUGAGUUAAAUGUGA